CGGACGACAGAGGCUUACUAAUUCCCUGGGCAUCUGCUGCACUGGCCGCCGAGAACAAGGAGAAUCCAUCCAAAGCCUUGCAUCAUCCAAGAAGCAGGCCUCGCCUUAUCGAUAAACCCCGGGCCCAGACCCAUUGAAAUUUCAAUAGACUACAUCACAUCAGAAGCGGCCGUUCACAGCAACAGACGGAUCACACCAGAUGCCCAGACAAUAGACUUCGCCGAGAUGACCAGUCUAAAGAGGAGCCUGGGCUCCGACCCGCUGGCCUCAAGCAUCGCCAGCAAGGUCUACAUCCGUUCCACCAAGGCUGGCAAGCUGCAGAAGAUUGUCAAGGAGGUGUACCUGAGGCAAGACAUCCCCUGCUCCUCCAACUUAUGUUCGAGCUGCCUCAAGUCUGCCCCUCGAGAUGCAGCAGGGAGAGUCGCGCCUUUUGUGCUCUCCCGGGAGCCUGCUGGCACCAAAGCCUUCCCCAAGGGCCACUACCUCGUCCCCGACACCAAUGCGUUCCUCAACGCCAUGGACCUCUUUGAGCAGAGCUCAGCUUUCUACGACGUCGUCGUGCUGCAGAUUGUCCUCGAGGAGCUGCGCAACCGCUCUCUCCCGCUGUACAAUCGUCUCAUCGGCCUCACCAAGAGCGACGAGAAGCGCUUCUACGUGUUCUUCAACGAGUUUCGCCUCGAGACCUAUGUCGCCCGUGAGUCUGGCGAGACCGUCAAUGAUCGCAAUGACCGCGCCGUGCGCAAGGCCGUCGCGUGGUAUGGCGAGCACCUGGCCAGGACCAAGGCGAAGAAGGUGCCCACCGUGGUCAUGCUCAGCAACGACCGCGACAACCUGCGGAAAGCCAAGGCAGAGGGAAUCGCGGCGUGCUCUCUGGGCGAGUACGUCAAGGGCCUGGAGAACGCGGAUGAGCUAAUGGAUAUGAUCCCCGAGUCGCAGACAGAGGUCGACAAAUCGCGCGGCCCCGGUGGCCACAUCUACCCAGACUAUUACUCAAUGUCCAAGAUGAUGACGGGGGUCAAGGGUGGACUCCUCCAUCAGGGCGUGUUCAACACGUCUCCUUAUAAUUACCUGGAGGGCUCAGUUCGAGUGCCUGCUUUCCCCAAGGCACUGAUAGUCAUGGGCAGAGAGAGCAUCAACAGGGCGGUCGACGGCGAUGUUGUCGUCGUCGAGGUCUUACCCAAAGACCAGUGGAAAGAGCCAUCCACACAGAUCAUCGAGGAAGAAGCACUAACAAAGAACGAAAAUGCAGAUGGUGACGAAGGGGAGGAACUAGUCUCAGUCAAGGAGAAGAAGGCGCUUCAGGACGAGGUGAAGAGGACACAGGGCAAGACAGGAGAAGGCCAUGCUCAGCCGACUGCAAAAGUCGUGGGUGUAAUCAAACGCAACUGGCGCCAAUACGUCGGCCAUAUCGACCAGUCGUCGGUCGGCCAAUCCUCAACGCAAGGAAGGAGGCAAGAUACGGUAUUUCUCGUUCCCAUGGACAAGAAAAUCCCCAAGAUUCGGCUGCGCACGCGGCAGGUGGCAGAUUUGCUCGGAAAGAGGAUAUUGGUCACUAUGGAUGCAUGGGACCGCGAUUCGAGACAUCCUGUAGGACAUCUCGUGCGAACUCUCGGCGAGAUGGAGACCAAAGCUGCGGAGACGGAGGCAUUGCUUCUCGAAUAUGACGUACAAUACCGACCGUUCCCCAAGACUGUGCUGGACUGCCUGCCAAAGGAAGGACAUGACUGGAAGGUCCCAGCCAGUACAGACGAUCCAGGAUGGAGAGACCGAGAGGAUCUACGAGGGCUGCUAAUCUGCAGUAUCGACCCCAUCGGGUGUCAAGAUAUUGACGAUGCUUUGCACGCAAAACCAUUACCAAAUGGUAAUUUCGAGGUUGGAGUGCACAUCGCCGAUGUGUCACAUUUUGUGAAGCCAAACAACGCGAUGGACACCGAGGCUAGCAUACGCGGCACAACGGUAUAUCUGGUUGACAAGCGGAUCGACAUGCUUCCGAUGCUCCUCGGAACGGACCUCUGCUCUCUCAAGCCCUAUGUGGAGCGAUACGCUUUCUCGGUACUCUGGGAGAUGAACGCCAACGCUGAUAUCGUCAAUGUGCGGUUCACCAAGUCUGUCAUCAAGUCAAGGGAGGCUUUCAGCUACGAGGAGGCGCAGCUCAGAAUCGACGAUGCGUCGCAGCAGGACGACCUCACCCAGAGCAUACGAGCGCUACUCAUGCUCUCCAAGAAAUUGAAGCAGAAGCGCAUGGACGCUGGUGCACUGAGCCUGUCCUCGCCCGAGGUCAAGGUGCAGAUGGAGUCCGAAACGUCAGACCCUAUCGACGUCAAGACGAAACAGCUCCUAGACACCAACUCUCUUGUCGAGGAAUUCAUGCUUCUCGCCAACAUCAGCGUUGCUGGCAAGAUCUACGAGGCGUUCCCACAGACCGCCAUCCUCCGACGCCACGGCGCCCCGCCCAAAUCCAACUUUGACGAGCUUUCCAACCAACUCAAGGUCAAGCGGGGCCUGGAGCUGUCGGUGGACUCGUCACGCGCCCUGGCCGACAGCCUCGACGCGUGCGUGGAUCCCAACGAGCCCUUUUUCAACACUCUGGUCCGCGUCAUGGCCACGCGCUGCAUGAUGAGCGCUGAGUACUUCUGCUCGGGGACGCAAUCGUACCCAGAGUUCCGCCACUACGGCCUCGCGUCCGAGAUCUAUACGCACUUCACGUCGCCGAUCCGGCGGUACGCAGACCUGGUGGCGCACAGGCAGCUCGCCGCGGCGAUCGAGUACGAGCCCGUGGCGCCGUCGGUGCGGAGCCGCGGCCGGCUGGAGGCGGUGUGCAAGAACAUCAACGUGCGGCACCGCAACGCGCAGCUGGCGGGCCGGGCCUCGAUCGCCUACUACGUCGGGCAGGCGGUCCGCGGCAGGGUCACCGAGGAGGACGGCUUCGUCAUGAAGAUCUUCAGCAACGGCUUUGUCGUCCUCGUGCCCCGCUUCGGUAUCGAGAGCGUCAUCCGCCUGCGGGACCUCGGCGAGCCAGAGCCGCAGGCCACGUACGACGCCGAGAACUACGUCCUCAAGACCUCGGGGAGCAGGGAGGUCACCGUGGAGCUGUUCCAGAAAGUCAGGGUUAGGAUCAGUGACCAGAAGGAAGAGUCGACGGGCAAGAGGACUGCCAAGAUGGAGCUGGUUUCUGUACUUUGAAUAAAUGACAAGCCAUAGACUGCCCCACGGUAUUUUGGGGCCGGAUGCGCUUGAGAUGGCGUGAUCUGGCUCAGGCCACGGCGAAAUUUGAGCUAAGCAACGCUUGUCCAAUGUUGCAAUAAAUGAAUCGAGCGUGGUAGAUGACAGAUGGUACAACUUGGUGGACCCUCCCUCGAACAGCACAUCGUAAGUGAAAUGAUAUUAUAAUACUGAAUAAAACGACAUGAGUACCUUGUGGCCGAUACAUUGGGCCACGCAAGGCUGACAUACGUUACCCUUCGGACCCUCAAAGUUCUGGACCUAUUCCUAUCUCUUGGGCCUUCCUCCCUUGGAUCUCAGUCAUCCCCGAGGACAGACCUGGGCUCCUGUUGCCCUACACCGACAUGUACAGGACCAUGGUGCUGAUGAAAGCUUCAAAACCAGGGCCUGUUUUCGUCUGCGAGGUUGAUAA